AUGAGCUUCUUCCAUCGACCAUCUGACUCCAGCUCGGAAGAAGAAUCAUCGGAAGGCGAAGAGGAGCUCGAGCCUUCACUUCAAGAGAUAAGUCAGACUUCGACCAAGGACUCUGUUGCUAGUGCGGAGGAGAUAGUGGUGCCAGACACGACAAAUGGAACGCUUUCACUGACUAACACCAUUAGCCGGGGUGAGGAUGGUAGUGCACUCGACAUGGACGAAGCUCGCAACAUGAUGAUAGCGUCCAUGCUUGAGGAACUAUCCAGGUACAAAGCAGCAGAGCUGCUUAGCAAUACCGGCGAUGGACGCAUGGUAGAUGCGAAUUCACCACAAAUCCUCGACCUCGCCAAGCAUCUCUUUGCACGAUCUAGUGGCUUGCUAACUCAGAGUGGUGUCAUAUCGAAGGAUUCAAUCAGCGAUGAACGAAGUUCAGAGAGGGCACGAUACCUAUCCGCUCUCGAGCGAGCCAGCUACAGUGUUGGUCCGCCCGACGCUGGGCCAGCCUUAUCAGGAAGACAAGGCAGAUAUGAUGCCGCAAUAGACAAUAGUACAGCCUUGGUACGACGACCUAGCAACCACCCUAUUCCCAUCCAAAACAGUACAGCUGGCCAGCUGCAGCGGUUGACCUGGGAGUUGGAGGAAAUGAAGAUGGUCCGACGAUCGAGUACCGAAUAUCAGCUCGCUGCGUUAGCACCAGCGUUGCAUUCACCAAGCCACUACCGGACUACAUUUGAAGAACGAGGGUUUCUCGGUAAAGGCGGUUUCGGCAAAGUAUAUCGCACAUAUAACGUGUAUGAUCGGAAAGAGUACGCCGUGAAAAAGAUUCCCCUCUCGGCAAAGCUAUCACAGAAAUAUAGCAAAGGAGGAGUCGAGGCAUUGAAAAAUGUCCUUCAAGAAGUACAGGCACUUGCGCAACUUGAUCAUUGCAAUGUCGUCAGGUACCAUGCAACAUGGAUCGAAGAGCCAGCCGCUGCUACCCUAACUAAGGUGGCACCACAAUCGGCUGUGUUGUUGCCGCAUCGAGGCCAAAUGCUGCUCGACAACAGGGCGGCAUCACCCAGUACAUUGCCACAAAGUGACUCACCAUUCAAUAAGAUCGACCCAUUGCCUAGACGGGAUGGCAGCAUAAGCGAGCCCCUAAACGCAGGUACAAGUUUUGACCGUCAAGACGAACAACGUGAUGGCCAUAGCCACAACUCAUUCGAUCCUUUCGCACGUUCAGAGAAUGGCUAUAGAGACAGCAAGCAACUCUGGUCCAAUCAGCAAAAAGUCACACAUCACCUGGAUCGAAAAGGCAUCACCGACUUCAGUGAUGGGUCUCCCCAACAACAUUUGAGUCAGUUGUCCGAUCUUUCAGACAGCCCGACUGGGUACACUCUGCACGUACAGAUGACCAUGUACUCGAUGAGCUUGGCAGGUUAUCUCAGACCAGCUUCUUCACCUCACAAAAAUACCAAGAAUUCAGAGCCUCGUCACUGUUUUCAUCUCUUACCUGCACUCCGCUUGUUCUUGAGCAUACUUUCCGGCCUGCAGUAUAUUCAUUCUUGCGGGUUCGUUCACAGAGACAUGAAACCAAGUAAUAUUUUUCUGUCUCAGUUGGACAUCUCGAAGCCCAUCGCCUUUGCCAUUGAGCAAGGAUAUGUUGAUGUUGGUUCUUGUCCUAGUUGCUCACACCAGCAGCCACGUUUCCUCAAUCCUCGAAUAGGUGACUUUGGUCUUGUGGCGAGCCUUGAACACGAUGUUCGACAAGAGUCUCUGCACCAGUCUGGAAGCGAUUCCUCUCGAACCAAUAAGGUGGUAGGAACGGAAUUCUACAGACCUCCUGCACAUGAGCAGGCCACAGAUAUACCUAAUGACAAAAUUGACGUUUUCGCGCUUGGAGUCGUCCUUAUUGAGUUGGUCUUUCCAUGCAAUACGAGGAUGGAGCGUAUGAGCCUGCUUAAAGAUUGUCAGCUGGGUCAAAUGCCAGCAGGAAUUCAGCAGAGGCUGUUAGCAGAAGGUCAUGAGCAGGACGUGAUAGAGACGCUGGAAAUUUGUAUGACUAGCAUGAUCGACCCCAACCCUCUCACAAGGUGGGAAUGCAACACCGUUCGGGGUACACUUGAGAGUGUUCUGGCCAGAAUCAGUUCGCGAGUUCCCAUUGGUAUGCAGGUGCCGGAUUAG